AAUAAAUUCUUACUCAAAAAUACUUGUCAGAAAAAUUCCAGAGAUUUUAAUGCAGUUAACUCCGUCAUGUUUUUCUCUGAUUGGUUGAUCAUUUUUUCUAUAGAAGUGGGUGGAGGGGGACGGACCAUAAUUUUGCCACUUGUGGGCAACGUCGUUUCCUUCACAGCUGAGGUCAAGCUGUCAUAUGUGGCCGACUCGCAAGCCCUGACAAAACGGUCUAAAACAUGAAGAUCUGGACCUCCGAACACAUAUUCAACCACCCGUGGGAGACUGUGACCAAGGCAGCAAUGCAGAAGUAUCCCAACCCAAUGAACCCUGGCGUGGUAGGGGUGGAUGUGUUGAACAGACAUGUGGACACACAGGGCCGGCUAUACAGCAACAGACUGCUCAGCACAGAAUGGGGACUGCCCUCCUUGGCCAAGACUCUCAUUGGUAUAACACGAACCAACACAUACAUCCAGGAACAUUCGGUGGUGGACCCCAAGGAAAAGACUUUUGAGCUGCAAUCUACAAAUAUUUCAUGUACUAACAUAGUAUCUGUGGACGAGAAGUUAACAUACAGGCCGCAUCCGCAGGAUCCCGAAAAGACCAUACUGACACAAGAGGCACUUAUCUCUGUGAAAGGAAUUAGUCUGAGCAGUUACCUGGAGGGGCUCAUGGCCAAAACCAUCUCGGCAAACGCAGGCAAAGGACGAGAGGCGAUGGAGUGGGUCAUCAGGCGGUUAAACACAGAGAUCGAGGAGCUGGCAGCAACGGCACAGGCCACAAUCCGCAUCCCCAUGGCAGCCGCAGUCGCAGAGAAAUGAUCAGCCGCCAUCUCAAUGGAAUUCAGACAUUUCCCCUGAAAGGGAGACCUCCCCCUAAUCUGCCAGCACAGCCACCUCUUGUAUUGGCCCACUCAUUUUCUGUCACAAGAACGCAUCCUUCCCUCAGCGGACUGCCCAUACAAGCAGGGUACACACUGUUGGGUACACAGUGAAGCUGAUGACGGCAUGCUGCGUUCGUAACCAAAUGGGAGGUGGGAAUUUACCAGUUGUGAGGUCUUAAAUACUAGUUGGAUGCAUUCACAUGCUUUGAACUUGUUGAGAAAAGCCUAUUGGCAAAUGGCAAACAAGCUGCGUAAAGUACAGCUAUCAUGUUUGCAAACAAAUGAUAGUAUUCAAAAACCAUAUUAAUAGAUUCAUUUUUAUAAAUGUUGUUGCAUUUAAUUGUCGUUAUCAAGGUAAUUUCCUUAGUAGGUGACGUCAGAAGUCUCCAUGUGGGAGCUCAGGAUUGUUUCCCACUAGUAAUUACCAGUCGGAGGGCCUUUCAAGUGGCUUUUUCCAAGUCGUAUGUGGCAUAUUCCGACUUCCCACUUGGUUAUGAACGCAGCAGUAAACGGGGUUGAACCGGGUUGCAUUCGAGGCUCAUGGGAUUUCUCGUCUUCUAAUAUUUUGUAUCACACCGUGCCUACAGGUCAUCAGGUUUAUUUAUUCUCCUCCUGCCCUCUUAUUGUUAUUCUGCAGCGAGCUGGUUUCCUCUCUGGCACUUGAAGUUUCAAUUGAACAUCAUUCUAUGUUGCCUAUGCCAGCCAUGCACUUACAACCAUUAAAUAGGCUAGCAGUCAUUUUCAGGGAACAGUUAACUUACUGAGAAGAGAAACUAAUAUUACGUUUGUUGGUCUGUUUUGUGGGGUGUUCUAAAGUUACUGUUAUAUAUUCAGUAAUGAACACGUGAAUUUUAAUUACUUUAACUCAUUGUUAUUGCACGUAUUACCAAGUAACAAGAGUACCACCAUUGUAUUCGCUAUGUUCAGAAGUGUGGAUACGUUUGUUCAAUUCUCCCAAAUGGUUCUCAACAGUUACAACAGUAUGUGAUUUCCACAACCUUAUGAAUAGUGCCCCUGUAGUGUUGGGUGCAGUCAGUGAACGUUAACGGUGGCCACUACGACGGGGUAUGUUCAGGAUUAUUGGACAGGAGUGACUGUUGGUUUUUAACUCUGUGCAGUCUUGAACAACCCAUUUUGUAAAAUGUCAUCAAAGUAUGAGUAAAACAAACAAAUCACAUUUGUGAUCCUGAACCUACCAGGAUUGUUUCUGCCCCCUCAUUUGGUGUCAUCUGACAGUAUUUGUGUUUUAUAAGCUCUUAGUGGUGUAACCUACUGCAGUGGUUCAUCUCACCAGUCUCCUCCCGCCAGCAGUGACAUUUGCUGUGUUCGGUAGUAAAUACCCAUUGUAAAGUCAUGUUGGAUGCAUUCACAUGCUUUGAGAAACGCAGAUUGGCUAUUGGCCAACAAGCUGCGUCAACCAUAAACCAAAAUCUGUCAUAUAAACAAAUUGGUGUUGAAAAAAACAGAUUUUAUGUUGCAUUUAAUGAAGAAAAUGCUGUUAUCGAGGGAAUUUCCUCAGGUGAUGUCAGCAUGUGGGAGAAGGUGCUCGAGGAUGAGUUCCCCACUAGUAAUUAACAGUUGUGGUGGUUAUAAGUGGAUUUUUUCCCAGUCGUAUCUGGUAAAUACCACCUUCCCACUUGGUUAUGAAUGCAGCAUUAUUACGCCAUAGAAUCUGUUCUACAUAUGCCUAUUCAGAUACACUCCCCUUUAACUUCCCAAACUCCCUUUUAAAAACGUGUUACUGUUGUCCCAUUUGUGUCAGGGUUGCAUUGAUGUUGGGUGAAGUCUGAGUGGCACUCCAGAUAUCAGUCACUUGUUUCAGGAAUGAAGUGUCAUGCGCGGAACAUUUGAAAACAAUGGCUAUAUAUGAGUACACAUUCCGAGAAUGUCAAACAGAAGUACUUAAUUAACACUGAAAUGAUCUCAAUAAAAUGUUAUUGUUUCAUGAA